AUGUUCUUCGCACAGCUGCUUAUGAACAAGCGUGGGCCUCUGUCCAAAAUCUGGUUGGCUGCUCAUUGGGACAAGAAAGUUACCAAGGCUCAUAUAUUUGAAUGCAAUUUAGAGAUGACAGUGGAAAAGUUGCUUUCACCCAAAUUUAAAAUUGCCCUGCGUACCUCAGGACACCUGUUGCUGGGAGUGGUGCGAAUCUAUCAUAGGAAAGCCAAGUACUUAUUGUCCGAUUGCACUGAAGCGCUCCUUAAAAUGCAGUCAGCCUUUCGUCCAGGACUUGUCGAUCUCCCAAAAGGGAGCUCUGAGGCGAAGUAUGAUACUAUAACAUUGCCUGAAGAAUUUCAUGAGUUUGACACACAGCUCCCAGAGGUGAAUGCCAUCGACGUCGCUCAGCAUUUUACACUGUACCAGAGCAGAGCUGAAGACAUCACUUUGCUAGAAGAAGAUUAUAGACAGGACAUACUUUUCCACUGUGACAGUUUUGGUGAGGACACUGAAAUACCCAGGCAUCAUAGCUCUCUUAGUGACAGCCUGCAAGCUAGUUUCUGCAGUCUUUUGGCUGAUCACAAUUCUUCGAAUCUCACUGGCGACAAAACUGCAUCCGAUGAAGGUGGUGCAUAUUCCUUAAUGUGUGACGGCUUUGGAGAUGAAGGAUUUGCAGGUGACAUGAUCGAUGAUGUUCUGGGAGCUGAGAAGGAUAUCUUCAUUAUAGACACAGAGGAAGACGUUCUUUUACCCCAACAGCUUCCUGCAGAAGAUCUCGCAGACUACCACAGGUCUAAUUGGGAAGCAAAAAGCUGCCAAAUUAACGAAACCAUAUUAUUGUCCAGUGACGAACAAGGAUUUGUACUUGAACCAAUUGAUAACACAGUCCUCAAAAGGAAGCAAAGAGGUAAAAGGAAGUUACUUGUGGAUCCCGUGAAGAAGCUGAGCAAAUCGACUAUACAGAAGCAGCUUGAGAGCUACCGGGACACUCUGACCACAUUGGAUAUUGCGCCCCCCACAAGAAAGCUGAUGAUUUUGCAAGAGCAGGGGAGUGUGGAUCAGCUGAUGAGGAGAGCCACACAGCCUUUGAUUCAUGAGGAUCUGCAAAUGCACAUCCACCAGACAGGAGCAAAGUCUUUCAGUUUUCUGACCCUCUGUAUGAAGAAGAACCGUGAAGAAGUUGCGACCACGUUCUAUAGCUUGCUUGUCCUCAAGAAACAAUCGGCUGUCAAGGUGGCUCAAGCCACUUCCUAUGCUGACAUUAUUGUGACUCCGGGUCCAAAGUUCUAUGCAACCUGA